GGUAGCUAUGCCCUAGAUCAGCCAGGGACUCAAAACCUGAGGUGACAAUGCAGUAGGAGGCCUAGGAAGAGAAGGGUCUUGCUAGCCAGGCCUGGACUGUGCUGCCCUUCCGAGCCUGGAGGACCUUGUAUGGAUGCCCUCUGGAGGAAUUUCAUGUCAAUAAGUUGCAGGACCAAGGACAUCUGGCAGCCCAGAGAGGGAGGGAGGAAACAGAAAGACACAGCCCAUUUGAGGAUCUCGCUGCCCUGCGAGCAGUCCCACGCUCGCUCCCUUCCCCUCGCUCCUCCAAGCGCCGCGGCACCCUUUGAUCAGGCAGGAACCAAGAGCAAAGGCAAAACCUCAGGCUGUGGCAGACAGAGACAGGUGUUUCUUUUCCGACUUCCAGGAGCAGAGGGAAGCUGAAGGCCCUUCAGCCCCUUGYGGAGCUGCAGCCAUGAGGUCGUAGGGACCUUCCCGUGCGGCCUCCAUGGGUCCCUCCCAACUCACCACGCAGGAUCAUGGGAAGCGAGCGGCCACUGUGUUCGAGAUGGAGGAGGAAGGGCUCUCCCUCUUCCCUGCCUCAGACAACCCCCCUGAGCACACAGAAAAUCCCCCCCUGAAGCGGAAGAAGGGCCCAGCCCCGAAGAUGCUGGGAAACGAAGUGUGCAGCGUGUGCGGGGAUAAGGCCUCGGGCUUCCACUACAACGUGCUGAGCUGCGAGGGCUGCAAGGGCUUCUUCCGGCGCAGCGUGAUCAAGGGCGCGCAGUACGCGUGCAAGAACGGCGGCAAGUGCGAGAUGGACAUGUACAUGCGGCGCAAGUGCCAGGAGUGCCGGCUGCGCAAGUGCCAGGAGGCCGGCAUGCGGGAGCAGUAUGUUCUGUCCGAAGAGCAGAUCCGGUUGAAGAAGCUGAAGAAGCAGGAGGACGAUCAGGCUCGGACAGUGGUGGUGCGGCCGACUCCUCCGCACCCGCCGAGCCCCUCGCACAAGCUGACGCCUGAGCAGCUGAGCAUGAUCGAGAAGCUUGUGGCUGCCCAGCAGCAGUGCAACCAGCGCUCCUUCACAGACAGGCUCAAAGUGACGCCGUGGCCCCAGGUUCCUGACCCUAAUAACCGUGAAGCGAGGCAGCAGCGUUUUGCUCACUUUACAGAACUUGCAAUUAUCUCUGUGCAAGAGAUUGUGGACUUUGCCAAGCAGCUGCCCGGCUUUCUGGAGCUCACCAGGGAAGAUCAGAUUGCUUUAUUGAAGACAUCUACCAUAGAGGUGAUGUUGUUGGAGACGUCUCGACGCUAUAAUCCAGAGAUUGAGAGCAUCACGUUUCUUAAGGACCUGAGCUAUAACCGGGAUGACUUCGCCAAAGCAGGUCUUCAGUUUGAGUUCAUUAAUCCCAUCUUUGAGUUCUCAAAGGGAAUGAAUGAGCUACAGCUUAACGAUGCUGAAUAUGCACUUUUAAUUGCCAUCAACAUUUUCUCUGCAGACCGACCGAAUGUGCAGGACCAGUCGCUGGUGGAGAGGCUGCAGCACACCUAUGUGGAAGCCCUUCAUUCUUACAUUUGCAUCAACAGACCAAACGACCACCUGAUGUUUCCACGGAUGUUAAUGAAACUGGUCAGCCUGCGGACACUAAGUAGCGUCCACUCUGAGCAGGUGUUUGCCCUUCGGCUGCAGGACAAGAAACUCCCUCCCCUGCUCUCGGAAAUCUGGGAUGUGCACGAGUGACCGCAUGCUCCCGGGGCGCUGACGUGCCGGCAUGGCGCCGACUCCCAGCCUUCGCUAACGAGAAGCCAGCCUCCCCUCGCCAAGGCGCUGAGCUCCGGGCUAGGCCGUGCAGGGAUGGAUGGGCCUGGGCUUUCAGUGACGUCGUGAGACUUUGUAGGAGGCAGCUGGGGUAGAUCCCGUGGGGGGUUGGUUUCGAUGUAGUGCCCACACCCCGCAUGGAUAACAUGGAACAUCUGAAAACGGUAGAAAUGAAGACCUUCCCCAUAUACAUGUACACCUCUCUCGUCAGAGUCUCUUUCUCUUUCUAAGCAUGUCCUGGGGAUUUGCUCACGGAUCCUUUCCUCUCCUGUUGAUUAUGAAAGUGAAUUUGCAGGAACUUGCCAAAAUCUCUCUGAGAGUAACCCGACUCAAAAGGCUUCUGCAGGGUCCCCAGUGUACCUGUAUCCGAGGAGCUCAGGGAAGUCAAUGUGGAUGUUCUAGGGGGUUCACUGGGUUUCCUAUAAGUAAAAUCUUUUGUGUGCUGCCCUCUGCAAAGAUUCCCGGAGAAGCAGCUGUUAUUUCUUUAUUGUGAGACUUCAUCUCUAGAGUUGCCCUUCCGUUCUGGCCCUCCUUUGGAAAGAGGAUUCCUGGCAUGUGUAGUGAUCUUUAUCUAACAGGCAGGCCAUCAUACAUCAGAAAGAUGUCAGGCAUUAAGUAGUGGAUUUUUAUAUAAUGCAUCACCAUUUUAUCUUAUGCUGAUUCUCAGCCAAUUCACUUUACCUUUAAUUUGCUAACAACUGGAAAACUGCACUUCAAAAAAAAAAAAAAUCAGGAUAUAAAUUUUGUAUUGGGGGAUGGAAGAGAAGAAAGGAAGUUGGGAAGGUCUGGUACCUGGACAAGGCAGGUGUGGUGAAAGGGUCCCAGAAACUACCGAGAAUAUGGAGCAUGUGGCAUGUGUUCCAAGGAGAGUGUGAAUAUGUAUCAGCAAAGGGGAGAGGACAUGCUGUGUUUAGUGAAGUACGGGCAUUGCCUAAGCUAUGGGCUGCACAACACUCAUGGGCUGCAGGAAUGUUGAAUGUAACCAGAUCUGCUCGCGUUUUCUUCCUUAUGCCAAAGUCUUUCCAAGGUACUAAGUGAUGAUUGCGUUACGGAGGUCCUUGCUGUGUGAGGAUUGCGACUGCUCUAGGACACUUGGGUCCUGUAUCCUUUCUUCUCUUUGGGCACAGUGAGAAUCCACACUGGUUUUAUGCGCUAAGUAAGUAUUUACAUCCAUAAGUAUUGUAGGAUACACAGCAAUAUUUUGUCUGACAGAAGAGCACUUGCAAAAAUAGGUUCCUUAUUUUUCCAAGAAACAACAUCUUGUGGCUGAUCUCGGAGAUGUUACCUUUAGUAUCCUGGUAGUUUGGUCUCUUGACUCUUCUCUCUCAUAGGGGUCUGCUAUGUUUGCUUGCCCGGUGAGCAUCCCAAGAGUCUAGGUUCACAUGGCUCUAUUUUUAUUUUAUUUUAUUUUUUUGCUGUGUAUCUGAGCGCUAUGCCCGUGGUGAGGGUAUUGUGUCCAUUUUGCACUUGAGGUUGGUCCCCUGCCACUGGCCUUCACUCUGCACCUUUGUAAAGCACUUGUAACAAUCUGUAAAAUAAUCUGUUGUUUUUUAUAACUCA